AUGGGCGAGCCACUCAACGUGUUGAUGAUCGGUACCGGCGAGUACACCACCGGCUUCGUUGGCGGUGGCGCCUCUGGCUCCGACAAGAAGGUUGGUGUCAUCGGUCUGUCCCUGUUCGACCUGAGGCGGCGCGGCAAGGUCAACAACUUGUCGAUGGCCGGCACCAACGGCACCAAGUUCCCCGCCAUUCGCGAGCACCUCGACAAGAACAUCUCCAAGGUCUACAACAACCUCGACAUCUCGUUCGACUCGUACCCCGCCAACGACGUCAAGGACGCCGAGUCCUACAAGGUGGCCAUUGACGCGCUGAAGCCCGGUGACGCCAUCACCAUCUUCACGCCCGACACCACCCACUUCCCCAUCGCCCUCUACGCCAUUGAGCGCGGCAUCCACGUCCUCGUCACAAAACCCGCCGUCAAGCUCCUCGAGCACCACCAGCAGCUCAUCAAGGCCGCCGAGGAGAAGGGCGUCUACGUCUUUGUCGAGCACCACAAGCGCUUCGACCCCGCCUACUCGGACGCCCGCCACAAGGCCCAGAGCCUCGGCGACUUCAACUACUUCUACUCACCUGGGCCGGUGUCGAUUCGGACAUCUCCCUACUUACCUCACUCGCACCACAUUGACAUUUGCGACUCCAUGGUCACCCAGCAGGGCUACCUGCCCGUCAAGGUCUCGGCCUCGGCCUCCAAGGGCGUGGCCACCGACCUCGGCUGCGACCCCGCCACCGAGGACACCAUCUCGCUGAUCGUGCAGUGGGCCCGCAAGGACGACCCCUCGAAGCGCGCGACGGGUGUCUACACGGCCUCCUGGACGGCGCCCCAGCGCGCCGGCGUCCACUCGAACCAGUACUUCCACUACCUCGCCCAGAACGGCGAGAUCCGCAUCGACCAGGCCAAGCGCGGCUACGACGUCGCCGACGACUCGCUCGGCCAGCUCAUGUGGUACAACCCCUUCUACAUGCGCUACGCCCCCGACGAGGACGGCAAUUUCAACGGCCAGACGGGCUACGGCUACAUCUCCAUUGAAAAGUUCGUCGACGGCUGUCGUCAGGUCAACAGCGGCGCCCUGAAGCCCGAGGACCUCAACAAGAAGGGCCUGCCGACGCUGAGGAACACAAUCGCCACGACGGCCAUCCUCGAGGCCGGCCGUCGCAGCAUUGACGAGGGCCGUGACAUUAAGAUUGAGGAGGAGAACGGUUUCUGGAAGCUGGUGUAG